ACAUUUCUAACAGGCUCCCAGGUGAUGCCAACGCUGCUGGUCUGUGUAACACAGAUAAACGUUUCUAGUAGAGAAGGAGACAUGCAAAUACGUAUAAUACAAAGGUAAGUAAGUACCUUAGGGAUUCCACUAAUUUUCAUAAAAAACCUGGAUCCCUCCCAACCCUGGGACUGUCUUUGCCCUUUUUAUACCUUUAGGGUUCCUUCUGAUGUUUUCGUUGUUGCUAUCUUCCUUGAAUUUUAUUUCUUCUGAGGUUUCUCACUGCGUAUGCUGUUUCUUAGCCUAGGAAAGCCUUUUCGUUAUUCUCCUAAAACUUAACAUUUUACUAAUUUGUCAAAGUCUAGCUCCUAAAUACGCCAUCUUGAAUUCUUCCCUGCAACCCCAGUCGGGCUGACAGCUCCUUCCCUGUCGCUCCCCAUUGAGCAGGUUUUUCUUGUGGGGGGGCGCGGGGACGGAGUGUCGCUUGGUCGCCAGACUGGAGUGCAGUGGUGAGAUCUCGGCUCACUGCAACCUCCACCUCCCGGGUUCAAGCGAUUCUCCGGCCUCAUCCUCCCCAGUAGCUGAGACUUCCGGCGCGCGCCACCACGCCCAGCUAAUUUUUGUAUUUUUAGUAGAGACCGCGUUUCAACUUGUUGGCCAGGAUGGUCUUGAUCUCCUGACCUCGUGAUCCGCUCGCCUAGGCCUCCCAAAGUGCCGGGAUUACAGACGUGGCCCACCGCGCCCGGCCAGAACAGUUUUAACCUCCAGCAAUGGCCACUGCUUCCUUCUGCCUGCAGCUGGAAGUCAGUUUCAGUUUUCUUAUUCCCUAUAAGGAACCCACCUCUCCCGUCGCCUAACACACAGAUGCUGCCCAGAAAACGUGCUGGCGCACCUCAGGCGGGGUAGAAAGCCGCGCCGCUCCUCUCGGCACCGAGCGCCGAAGCCCAGGGAGGCGGCCUCCGAGUGUCCUGUGGGAACGUCCCUUCCGCCGGGUAGUCUCAGAGGCCCAGCGCUCCAGUGAUCCCGGGUGCAGUCUCCCCAGGCGGCACAGGCCUUGCCUGGCGCCCCCUCCUGGCGCUGGAGGCUGCGUGCGACUGCCCACCAUCGAGGCGGCGGCGGCUAGAGAGGCCGGCGGGCCUGGGACGCCGAGGCUGCAGGCCGCAGGGAACGCGCACGGGGCCGACUCCGCGCCGCCGGCCUUGUAGCCAUCUUAGGAGGAAUCGCUGAUCGCCAGCGAGGGGUGCGGCUUCAAUUUCAAUAACUUUAUUGGUGGCCUGAUCUGCAGAACAGUCAUCACUUCAGUGGCCCCUGGAGGAGGGAGCGCAUCGCCCGAGGUGGUCCCCGACAAGCUGCAGCCAUGGGAAACACCACCAGCGACCGGGUGUCCGGGGAGCGCCACGGUGCCAAGGCUGCCCGCUCCGAGGGCGCAGGCGGUCAUGCCCCGGGGAAGGAGCACAAGAUCAUGGUGGGCAGUACGGACGACCCCAGCGUGUUCAGCCUCCCCGACUCCAAGCUCCCUGGGGACAAAGAGUUUGUAUCAUGGCAGCAGGAUUUGGAGGACUCCGUAAAGCCCACACAGCAGGCCCGGCCCACUGUUAUCCGCUGGUCUGAAGGAGGCAAGGAGGUCUUCAUCUCUGGGUCCUUCAACAAUUGGAGCACCAAGAUUCCACUGAUUAAGAGCCAUAAUGACUUUGUUGCCAUCCUGGACCUCCCUGAGGGAGAACACCAAUACAAGUUCUUUGUGGAUGGACAGUGGGUUCAUGAUCCAUCAGAGCCUGUGGUUACCAGUCAGCUCGGCACAAUUAACAAUUUGAUCCAUGUCAAGAAAUCUGAUUUUGAGGUGUUCGAUGCUUUAAAGCUAGAUUCUAUGGAAAGUUCUGAGACAUCUUGUAGAGACCUUUCCAGCUCACCCCCAGGGCCUUAUGGUCAAGAAAUGUAUGUGUUUCGAUCUGAGGAAAGAUUCAAAUCCCCACCCAUCCUUCCUCCUCAUCUGCUUCAAGUUAUUCUUAACAAAGACACUAAUAUUUCUUGUGACCCAGCCUUACUCCCUGAGCCCAACCAUGUUAUGCUGAACCAUCUCUAUGCAUUGUCCAUUAAGAUAAAGAAACUAAGGCUCAGAGAAGGUCAAAUUGCCAGUAAGUACCAGAGACAGGACUGCUGAGGUCCAAUCCUCCUACGCUAACUUCAUAUUCUUUCCUAUAUUAUCAUUAUGCCAGGUCUUUCCAAGUAGGUUUUUCUCAUUGCCACAAAACCUGUGGAAGUGUAAAAGUGAAUUUUUUACCUGCCUUGCUUCUGUCGUAUUUAGGCUUUGUGUCAACUCUGGAGUGUUAACGCGAGAAGCAUUCAUGGUGGAUAAUACAGUAUGGGGGAAGGUAGAAGGAUACACUUGUUCUUAAUGGGAUUUGCUUAGGUUCUUUGGGAUCUGAUGGAUUUUGCCUCCUGUAACUGCUCGUUGGGUGUCAUUUAAUUUACCUAGGCUUGCCAUCUCCUCCUGUGGUACAUCUGUAGUCUGCAGCACAGCCUGGGAAAUGGUGCCUCUUGCUCUCUUCUUACUGGUUCUGACUCAGGUGAAGGUGUUGGUUGUUGUGCUCAGCUUGGUUCAGACCCAUUCCUGAUUCUCUCAGAUAGUUUAGGCGAUUUGGAAUUGAUCCAUUGGAUUGGGUGUCUUUCUGAAGAGGAUUUUGGCAUCUACUUUGUUCAAGGAUGGAGAGGGAUUCCUAGGUUCCCUCUAAAUCAGAGAGAUCUUUUUGAAUUCAUCCCAGGCAUUAAAUGGAAAUUAGACCUGCUUUGGGACUUGGAGAUAGUUUUUCAGAAGGAUUGUUUCUUUUUUUCUCAUUGUCUUUAAGAUUUUCUUCUAGAAAUGGAUGCCAGAAUAUUUCUUUCUUUUUUUUUUCCUUGCUAGUUUUAGGCCCAAUAUUAGAAUUUAAAGUAGGGAAGGGAGCAAGGUAGGAGACUAAUAUUUCUUCAGCACUUUUAUGUGUCAGAAACUAUGUCAGAUAUUCUCAUGUAAUCAUCAGAGCCACCUUAAUGGUAGGUGUUAUCUUUUGUAAUGAUGAGAUAAAAGGACUUGGACACACUAAGUAGAUUACCCAAGGCCACAAGUAGAAUGAUAACGGGAGUCAGAAUUGGAACUAAAACUUAUCUGACCUCCUUCUCUUACAUCAAACUAUCUCUGUUAAAAGUGAGUGACUGAAGGACUGAUGGCUGGGAAGAGCUACCUACUGUCUGAACUAAUGAAUUAGCUGCGUAUGUUUCUUUUCCUUGCAGGACAGUGUGAUGGUCCUUAGUGCAACCCAUCGCUACAAGAAGAAGUAUGUUACUACUCUGCUAUACAAGCCCAUCUGAAGGGAUCCCUUCUUGCCUCCAAGGAUUCAGGAGAAGCAUCUCCCUUGCCUUUCUGGACUGAACCAGUCUUACCUGAGACUGGAAGGCUGAUUUGCUUUGAGGCUGAUAUGUGUGUUUCAGAGCCUCUGAGUAGGACGCUCUGCUUUUGCAUUUGAUUGCAGAUGAGAGCUUUAUGAGUUCACGGAAUUUAUUUUAAGAAAAAAAUAUAUACAUAUGAGAAGAAGGUAAAUGGAAGCCUCCUAGCCCCAGCUAGAAGUAUUAUUUCUGCCUAUAGGUUUUCACCAAGACCUGUUUGGGGGCACUGCAGGAAUAACUAUAUAGGAAGCUUUUUCCUAAAACGAAAGAACAGCAAACUCUUAGGAUCCUUGUUGGGCGGAGAUUCUAUCACUGCUACCUUGGCUGUCCAAGGAAUGGGCUUGUGCUAGACCGCUGCCCUACUUAACAGCUGCCUCAUUGCAAGGGCAGCUUUUCUUGCAUGGGUUCUCUAUAUUCCCAGAGUAUGUGGCACAAUGUGUGUUGUUUAUAUGAUACGAGAUGCCCCACAAGAACCCGUUUUCCUCUCAUUUCACAUUCUUCCUUUAAUAGCCUCCUUCAGAUCCCAUACCUGACCCCUCUCUAACACAAAACUCACUGGGUAAGUGACUGAAAAGUUUUGUGACACGUGAUCCACCCCAGACACUAGGACUGUCAGAAGGUCCCUUUUUAGCCCAGCACAGGCACAGGCCACUUUGUCAUGUUUGUUUUAACUUCUAAAGGAAAUAUGUCUCAGUAUUGUAAGAAGCAGAAUGCAGAACGUGUACUUUUUUGUUUUAGUUUGGUGCCAAGGCUCAGGCUGUAUUGGCAAAUUCCUGAAAGUUUUCACACUUUGCCUGGCCCUGCUUCUGUCUUUUCUCUCUCAGCAAACAGUUCUUAAGGUUGGAGUGGAACCAGGGAGUACUUUCAUGUGUUUCAUCCUUGAAAGAUUUUUAUGUGCCUGCAUUUUUUUUUUAAUUAAAAAAAUGCCUUUUCAUUGGUCUUAAGAGACUGCAUUGGAGAAUUUCAGGCUUUUGAUAAAUGCUUCUUCAGAUUUUUUUCUCUAGUCUAGCGUUCCACAUUCUUAGAUCAAUAUGGCCAACCCUGUACACAUCACUACACUAAACGUUGCUCUAGAUAAACUGCUCAAGUUCAUUUAAUUCAUUUGAUGCACCUAAAAGGUUCCCUCAUUUUAAAGAUUGUUAGGCCAAGAAGCAAGAAAGUAUUCCUCGCAUUCCCAACCAUGAAAAGUAUCGUUCUUUGCACCAAGUGUUAACAAAAUCAUUUUGUUCUCCUGCCUCUUCUUUUUAACGGGUUUGAUGAUUAAAUGGGGUCAUUGAAUUCCAUUUGUGAGCUGAAAAGUGUUCAAUCCACUUUUGGAGUUCAGAGAUAAAACAUUUUUUCCCAAGUAGCUGGGGCCCUUCCAUUUUACAGAUAAGUCAAAUAGUACUAAAGGAGGCUAAACUAUUGAUGAAUGAGAGACUCCCUGACUGCUCAGAUGAGCCUAGCCACACUGAAAGGGCACCUACAGGUCAGUUUAGCUACCUCCUGUCUUUCCCAUGCAAAGCUGACAACGCAGUUAUCUUCGGACUUGUAGACCUCUUGGAUUCCAGGUGUGAUGGAGUAAAGUAUGGGAUUGUUGUUUUGCUGGGGUGCAAAUAACUAAAUGCUUUGGUGGUUAAUUGCUAAGAGUAAAUACUACUUUAACCAUCCAAGGCUACCUUCUGCAGCAAAAGGCUUUUGUGGAGAACCUUUUAAGUUCCCAACCACUUUUUGAAUGGUGUGCCAUUUAAAAAUCCAGGCCAGAUCCUAUUAUAACCAACUCUCAGGAUUUACAGUCUUCAGUUGUACUAGAAUUUUGUUUUUAUCCAAUACCCAUUAAAUAAGUGGGCCACUUAGGAGGAUUCAAAA